UUCUGUGUUGUCAGCACGCAGAAGAUAAAGCUUUAUUUCUCUCUAACGCUAAUUACGCGUCAACUGUUUAUUUUUAUACUAAAUUUGGUUGUAUUUUUUUGGUCCUUCGACGUGAAAGACUUUCAGAGUUACACCAAAGUCGAAGCUGUCCUCGAUGAGAAGGGUUUUGUGUUGCCUUCUUUCGUCCUUGCUCGACAACGUGGAUUCCUAGCGGCUUCCACACUCCACGGGGGAAUUCAGAUCACGAUUUGGGAAUACUUGUGAAUCGUCCGUAAAAUUCCGGAUUAAAAAUGCUUCUCUCCAAAUUGAACACCUUUGCCCACAUUUCUGCCGUGGAUAUGCCGGCGAAGAUCCAGCUUCAAGUCCAUCCAGUAAAAGAGAAGGAGCCUUUCGAGAAGGUUUACCAGGUCGGCUCUGUGUUGGGAAGUGGCGGCUUCGGGACAGUCUACGCUGGCUUGCGGAUAUCAGAUGGCGCGCCGGUCGCUAUCAAACAUGUGGCGAAGGACCGCGUUACCGAAUGGGGGGAAUUGCCCAAUGGCGCCCGUGUCCCCAUGGAAAUUGUCCUCCUGAAGAAAGUCGGGACGGGAUUCCGUGGCGUGAUAAAGAUGCUCGACUGGUACGACAGACCUGACAGUUUCAUCAUCGUCAUGGAGAGACCGGAGACCGUGAAAGAUCUCUUUGACUUCAUCACGGAGAAGGGUGCCCUGCCGGAGGAGCUUGCCAAGAACUUUUUCCGCCAGGUUCUCGAAGCGGUACGGCACUGCCACAGCAGCGGUGUGGUCCAUCGAGAUAUCAAAGAUGAGAACAUCCUCAUUGAUCUCCGGAAUGGCGAGCUGAAGCUGAUCGACUUCGGCUCAGGCGCCCUGCUGAAGGACACGGUGUACACCGAUUUUGACGGUACACGUGUAUACAGUCCUCCAGAGUGGAUCAAGUACCACCGUUACCACGGGAGGUCGGCCACCGUGUGGUCCCUGGGCAUUCUUCUGUAUGACAUGGUUUGCGGAGACAUUCCCUUUGAGCAGGAUGAAGAGAUUGUCCGGGGCCAAGUGCUCUUCAGGCGCAGAAUCUCGACGGAAUGCCAGCAGCUCAUUAAGUGCUGCCUGUCUCUGCGGCCUGCCGACAGACCGUCUUUCGAAGACAUCAUCAACCACCCGUGGAUGCAGAGCCCAGCGGCACCUGCGGAUGGCGCGGAGAUCCGACUGCACUGCCUCGCCCAAGAGUCAACCUCCUUCUCCGCUGUGACGGUGUGCAAAUGACUGUCGCCAGCUGACCACGCCCAUAGACCACACACUACUCUGGCCACGCCCUAACUGAGCCGUGCAGGAAACAAAAUGUGAAAUGUUUUGUUUUUUAUUUUUUAUUUUUAUUUUUUAAGCAUGGCAGCUGUUUAUGGGUGGAGCAGCCGACCUUAAGCUGUAAGGGCUCCUCGGGGAAGGGAUGUUCCCUUUUCUGGAGUUUUGUCCCACCCUGGACCGGGUCCGACUGGGUUGGGUGCAGAACUGGGGUGGCCUGCUUGCAGGCAGCGACCUCUGCAAACUUGAAGCAGUUUGUGUGACUGAAGAGCAAAUGCAUGCCACUGAACACACUAAGGGCAGGUGUCUGCUGCAGGUGGGGAACAGGAGCUGUCUAGUGCCUUGUGUGGGAGUUUUGCAAAUAUACUUGAAUUGAGUAAUAGCCACUGAACCACUCUGCUCCUUAACCAGAUGUCAUUUCUCUUGCUUCCAUCUCACCUGUGUGCUGUGGGUCUUACCCCUGUACUGCAGAGAGUAACAAAAUAUGACCUCAGAAUACAUGUGCAGAAUGUUCUUUCUCUCUCUCUCUCUCUCUCUCUCUCUCUCUCUCUCUCUCUCUCUCUCUCUCUCUCAAUAUUACUAACUCAGUUACCCUCAACACAGCUACCAUUCAUUGUCACAGAUGCACAUGGCAAUGCAACUACAACAUGAAAUUACUACUUUUUUCCCUUGGAUUGUUAAUACUGUAAAUACGUAGUAUUCGUCUUAUGACUCUAAAUUCCGAGACAAGGCCUGUGUAUAUAAUAUUUAUUUGAAUGUCUUGAAACAAGAUCUAGGUGGAAUUAUUUAUUUAUUUAUAGAGAACACGUUUUGUUCAACACUCAUUCCACGUUGAAGGGCCCACAACCUAUUUAAAUAUAUUUUUACCAUAUUUAAAGCCUUUUUGAGCAAAUGUGUCCGUGUGUGUAUAUAGUCUUUCUAAGGACUUCCAUUUUUUUCAAUGCAUGGAGGACCGAAGAGUCUACUGAUACACUGUUUAACUUUUUUUUUUUUCUUUUUUUUUCUCAUUGGAAAAUCCCCUAGCAAAUGGCUAAAAGCUAUACUGUCUGCUGUGCGUUGUUGAACCAGAGUCAUGUACAGGGACAGACACUUGUGUACAUGAUGAUUUGGGUUCCUAGUUGCAGCUUGGUUUGUUUUGAUUUAGCAGCUGUAAAUUAUGUUAGGAAGUUAUUUUUUUACACAGUUUCAAUAAAUAUUUUUUUAAACAUUAAA